AUGGGGUUGAAUAAUCAAGCACAGAGGAAUCCGAGUUUCAGGUUUGAGAUAGAUAACUUUUCGGAGAAGCAAGCUAUGAUACCGUCUCAGACAUUCGUGAGCUACGGAUGUGAAUGGAAUCUCUACGUUUAUCCGAAGGGAAAUAGUCGUUGUGAUGAUCACUUGUCUUUGCACCUACACGAUGCAAACCCUAAAUCAUUGAAAAAAGGAUUGCAAAGGAAAACGAGUUUUCAAUUCGUUCUGUUAAGUCGAUCCAACAAAGAGCUCUACAGAUCCCCAGUUGGACAGGUUUUGUACAGUGAUAAGUAUCAAAACUGGGGUUACGGAAAGACCUUGCCUCUUAAAAAGCUUCAGGAAAAAGGGUUUUUGGAGAAGGAUACACUCAUCGUUGAAGUCUACAUUACUCAUGUUGAAGUUGUUGAUAGAGAAGGCAGACUUGUAUCAGAGAACAAGGAGGAGACUCUAGAUGUCAACGGUUUUCAGGUUUUUGCUUCUCAGGUUACUUUAGCAAGAAAGAUCUUCACAGAGCACCAAGAUAUUGCAGAAGAUUUCAAACCAAAGAACCAAGUGGUGAAGACCGAAUACAUGAAUGUCCUUCGCAAUGCUCACAGUGAGUUGAGUGAGCUGAUGGAACAAGGCUUCAAGCUGGACUGGUUGCAGUCAAAGCUUGAUGAGGUUUCCUUGAAGAGGAAGAAAGCAGAUGCUGAUGUCCAACAACUCGAUGAACGUGUUAAGAAUCUUGAGCUGAUGAACUUUGACUUCAAGCUAGACUGUUUGAAGACAAAACUUGAGGAGGUUUCCUUGGAGAGGAAGAAAGCAGAUGAUGCUGAUGGUUCUCGGGUCAAAGAAAUGGAGGCACGCAUCAAGAAUCUUGAGAUGGUUGUGUCGGAUCUCAAAGUUAAACUAGACAAGGAUGAGGCCAAAUCUUUUGCUGAUGAUUUUGAGUUGAUGGAACCGGUUGAUUGA